AUGCCCGCUCCCGGCUCCGAGCUGCAGCGCCCGCCGGCGCAGCCCGCCGAGCAGAAGCGGGGCGCCGAACCGCAGCCGCAGCCGCCACCCCACGGGGAGCUGCAGUACCUGGGGCAGGUGGAGCACAUCCUGCGCUGCGGGUUCCAGAAGGAUGACCGCACCGGCACCGGCACGCUGUCGGUGUUCGGCAUGCAGGCGCGCUACAGCCUGAGAGAUGAAUUUCCUCUACUGACAACCAAGCGUGUAUUCUGGAAGGGUGUUUUGGAGGAGUUGCUGUGGUUUAUCAAGGGAUCUACAAACGCUAAGGAACUGUCAUCCAAGGGAGUGAAAAUCUGGGAUGCCAAUGGGUCCCGAAACUUCUUGGACAGCCUAGGAUUCUCCAACAGAGAAGAAGGGGAUUUAGGCCCAGUUUAUGGCUUUCAGUGGAGGCAUUUUGGGGCAGAAUACAAAGAUAAGGAUUCAGAUUAUUCAGGUCAAGGAGUAGAUCAACUGCAAAAGGUGAUUGACACAAUCAAAACCAACCCCAAUGACAGAAGAAUCAUCCUGUGUGGUUGGAAUCCAAAAGAUCUUCCUCUGAUGGCCCUGCCUCCGUGCCAUGCUCUUUGCCAGUUCUACGUGGUGAACGGGGAACUGUCCUGCCAGCUGUACCAGAGGUCAGGAGACAUGGGCCUGGGUGUACCCUUCAACAUCGCCAGCUACUCCCUGCUCACCUACAUGAUCGCACACAUCACAGGCCUGAAGCCAGGUGACUUCAUACAUACUUUGGGAGAUGCGCAUAUUUACCUGAAUCACAUUGAACCGCUAAAAAUGCAGCUACAGCGAGAACCAAGGCCUUUCCCAAAGCUCAGAAUCCUUCGAAAAGUUGAGACAAUUGAUGACUUCAAGGCUGAAGACUUUCAGAUUGAGGGGUACAAUCCUCACCCCACUAUUAAAAUGGAAAUGGCUGUUUAA